GUGAAGAAUGGCCACAUUCGUAGAGUUAUUGACGACGAGGUCAAAUCCCUUGUGCUGGAAAUUUCUGGGACAAACGUUGCAACCACAUAUAUUACGUGUCCAAUAAAGCCAAGAGCCUCUCUCGGAAUCAAACUACCAUUUCUCGUCAUGAUAAUCAAGAAUAUGAAGAAGUAUUUCACUUUUGAAAUUCAAAUAUUGGGAAAAGAACAAGUACCGCCCUUGGUAACUCCGAAGACACUGGAAAGUAAAACAACGGAGGAAAUUCCACCACCGCCAUCACCAGCAGAAAUUUCUCCUGGAAAAGAAAUAAAUGUAACAGAUGAAGAACAAGUACAUGCUUCAGAAGCAGAGGAAGUUCCACCACUGCAAGUGAGUGAAACAACUGAAGGUGUGGAGGGAGCUGAAGAAGUGCCAGCAGAAAGUGAUAACCAGCAGGUAUAUCAUGAAAAGGAAGCCCCUGCAGAAAACCAGCAAGAGAGUGAAAUCACCGAAGAGGUCACACCGCAGGAAUCACCAGUGGCAACUGAAGAAGGCGGCACUGCGGAUAAACCUAUAGAGGAUUCCACUGAAGAACAACCCCAACCUGAAGAACCUGCUACUAAUGAUACAUUCCAGCAGGUGGUUGUGACUGAAACAAACGAACAUACAACAGAAGUUACCACCACAGAAGUUGCCACUUCUGAACCAACUACUAGUGAACUUCCCACCGAAUCGGAAAAUGAAUCGCCUGAAGAAUGAGGCUUUGAACUGCUCUUCCCUUCUUAUACAAGUGUGUAAUUCCUUCGAAAUUUUAUUUAUUUGUAAAAGCUGUAUCACUAUUAAAAUUACCUGAAAAGUU